AUGGAUAAAUGGGAUACACUUCGGGUUAAUACCACCAUUCCAAGACAGACAUUCCUCAAAAUUCUCAAUUUCUGCCUGAAAGAUAACAAUUACUUCACGUAUGCUGGAAAACUUUACCAACAAACUUAUGGUAUGCCAAUGGGGAACCCACUCUCACCAACGAUUGCGGAUAUUGUACUUGACACCCUUUUGGACGACGUAAUGGACGAACUGCAGAGUAUGAACAUAACGGUAAAAUUUAUAGUGAAGUAUGUAGACGACCUGUUCGCGGUGAUAAACAAAAAAGAUGAAACAACGAUAAUGAAAUUAAUGAACGCGUAUCACAACAAAUUAAAAUUUACGAUAGAAAAGGAAACUCGUGCAGAGUUACCGUUCCUGGAUAUGAAGAUAAUAAGAAAUGGAAAUACGUUAAUAACAAACUGGUACGCGAAACCAACAGCAUCGGGAAGAAUGAUUAAUUAUAACUCUACGCAACCACACAGCACGAAAAUUAAUACGGCCAAGAACUUCAUCCACAAAGUUCUACUGUUAAGCGAUGAACGUUUCAAAGCAGACAACAUAAAUAAAAUACAACAAAUUUUAAAACAGAACAAUUAUCCAAUGGCAUUAAUAAAUAAUUUAAUUCGCGACGUCACCAACGGAUCCAAACGACCCCAUGAAGAAAAAGCAUCAACGACGAAAAAAUUUUACAGUGUACCGUACAUCCCUAAGCUUACCGACCGCGCAUCUUUGGGAAAUAUCAUACUUGACGAAAACUCAACAACAGCAUAUAAAUCAAACAAAACUCUAAACCAAAUAUUCAGGAAAAAAGGAACAACAACCAAAACAGACAAACUCAAACUAAGCAACGUCGUAUACGAAAUUACGUGUGAUGGAGAUCAACAAGAAAAAUGCAACAAAAAAUAUGUGGGAUCCACCAGACGCACACUAGGCACUAGGUUGGCUGAGCACGAAGCCGACAUAAGAAAAGGGAGACAAUCGACAGCACUAGCACAACAUAUAAAAGAGAGCGGACAUGCGGCAAACUUUAAGACAGUAAGAGUACUUGACAGAGAGAAAAUAGAGAACAAGCGAUACACAUUAGAGAGCCUACGGAUUCAACAAAGACUUAAAGAGUCGAUAAACACCAAAGAAGACAAAGACAACACUAAGCUGCAGUAUUCCAUUGCAAUAACUUGA